ACGGCCGGGAUCCGGCGACACCACCAGCACCAGCAGCAGCAGCAGCAAUCCACAGUAGCCGCAGCAGCAGCAACGACCGUCGGCAACAUGUUCGAUCGCACGGUGAAUGCAAAGUUCAAGCCGGGCACGGGCAACACGGGCUCCGGGAAUAAUCCACAUGCCGGCCGCCGCAACUCCCUGAUGUCGACCGCACGCGGUGUGACGGUGGGCGCCGGCGGUGGCAACAUCCGUAAGCUGACGAAGGUCAAUUCGCUGACCAGCAACCACCACUUCUCCGUCUGCUAUCCACCCAACAUAAACGCGCUGCCGGAGCGGUAUCAGAACAGCAACAACUCGAACAACUCGUCGGCUGCCGCGGCCGCGCUGCAGCGCACCACCAGCGAGAGUCUGCGCUUGAACGCGCUCAAUGCGCGUUCUGGGGCAUCAUCGCGGGCCAGCAGCAACACCAGCCUGGCCUCCGCCACCACAACAUCCACGUCGGUGGCGCCCAAGACGAGCAGCAGUAGCGGCAGCAGCACCAGCAGCAACACGCAGCAGCAGCAACAGUCGCAGGCGAGCAGCAGCAGCAACAAGGCCAGUUCCCCCAACAACAAUGGGGCACGCUCAAUGGCAGCAGCAGCAUCAGCAGCAGCAGCAGGAACUGGAACUGGAACUGGAGGGACAGGAGGUGCAGCUGCAACUGGCACAGGAGGUGGACAUCAUCAUCAUCAGCCACAUCACCACCAUCAUCACCAUCACCAUUCGCACCAGCAUCAUCAGCAACCGCAACACACUAGCCACAGUCAAGGAAACUCAUUAACCGUCGCCGGAGGAGGAGCAGCGGGAGCAGGAGGAGGCGGCGGCGGUGGCGGUGGCGGCGGCUCUUCGGCACCGUCCACGGGCAUCGCUGCUGUGGUGACGACCACACGCAAACCAAAGACGACUUCCUCAUUCGAGAUCACCUCGGUGACGGUGGGACAUCCGAAGCUGAAUGCUGCCGGUGAUACCGGCGACGAGUCCGCGGACGAUCUGGACGAAUCUCACACGGAUGACAACAGUCGGAUAACGGAUCUGGAGAACGAGACGCCUUCGAUGUCGGAGGACACGUUCUCCAAGGAGGAGGUCUUCUAUGCCAACAAUGCUCUGAGCACCAACGCCCCGGUGAUACCCACCAGCUCGCAGUAUGGCCUUGUCGUGGUGGAUCCCAUCGGGCCGGCAUCCCUCGGCCAGACCAUCCAGAAUGUCCAGGUGAAUGUCUCCACCGACAACAACAUCAUCAAUGUGGUCAGCCACUCGGCGGUCACGCCCGGCGGCAGCAAGAAGAAGGAGGGCGGCGACGGCAUCAAGGAGACGACACAGCAUCGCAGCGAACGCUUUAAGGUGGUCAAAAUCGAGUCCACGGAGCCCUUCAAGCGCGGCCGUUGGAUGUGCAUGGACUACCUGGAUCACUCGAGUGUGGGCAACGGUGGCGCGGGCGGUGCUGUCGGUGGCAAUAAUAAUGAAAAGACUGGCUCUUCUUCUUCCGAGGCCGUGGUGGCCGGCGGCGAUGCAGCGGGCGGUGCAGGUGCCGCAGCAGCAACGGGAGCCGAUAGCUCGGCUGCCGCGCCCCAAAAGACAACACAGAGCAUGAUACUCCCGCCCACCCAUGCGCUGAUGGAGAAUCAUUUGGAGGGCAAUUCGACGGACGCCAAUUGGAACUAUGCCGCGGAGCAGCAGCAAUCGCAGUCGCAGCAGCAGCCGCAACACCACCAGCAACAGCAGCAACAGUCGUCGUCGCACCAGCAGCAGCAGUCCCAGCUAAAUGCCACGCCCAGUGGGGUAAUGACAGCCCCUGCCACAGUGGUGCAUGGCAUGCAUCAGCUGCUGAUGGAGUCGCAGCAGCAACAGCAACAGCAGCAGCAGCAGAAACUCUUCGACAGCGUCAAUGCCAAUGCCAAUGCCAGCUCUCCCAAUCCUAACCCCACGGUCGAGACGCCCAUGGAUUAUGCCCAAGCGGCGGCCAUGCAGCUGCAACAGACGCUGCAACAGCUCAAGCAGCGGGAGGAGGCCAUGGAUGUGCCGCCGGGCUUUCAGAACUACCAGCAGAAUGGCAGCGAUGCUGCAGCGGCAGCAGGCAACAAUAACAACAGCAGCAGCAGCACGGCGGCAACAGUUGCAACAGCCAGCGAGCCACCACUGUCGCCUGCCCCGCAGACGCCACAGAUCACGCCCACAUUUGCAGCAGUGGCAGCCGCCGGUCAGGCGCAAGCAACAUCCCAGAUCGAUGGGAUAGCCAGCAGCCAGCAGCAGUUCCCUCAGACAGCAGCAGCAGCAGCACCACCCCCACAGCAGCAGCAGCAGCAAGCCCCACCUGCAACAGUUGCAGGGGCAGCGGCAGCAGCAGUUGCACCAACAGCCACCAGCACCCAACAGACUUCAAACACUUCCACAACAGCGGUAGCAGCAGCUGUGACCUUGCCGCUGUUAUCACACAUGACACACAGCUAUGAGCAGCCAGCCACUGUCGGAGUGGCAGCCACCACGGUGGGAGCAGCCGCCGUUGCAGCAGCAGCAACAGCAACAGCGAUUCCCACGCUGCAGCUGCAGAGUGCACCGGCCACCAUAGUCGAUCCGCAGCAAUUGAUUGUCCAGCAGCAGCAGCAGCAGCAGCCGGAGGAGCAGCAGCAGCAGCAGCAGCAGCAGCAACCACAACCACAACCACAACAGAUACCCCAAACAAAUAUCGCGAGUGUUAGUGCCAAUAAUAAUAAUAAUAACAAUACUAAUAGUAAUAUAAAUCUAACGAAUCCAAAUGUCGUCGUUGCCGUGGAGGCCACACCAUCAUCAGCAUCGGUGGUGGUGCUGCCCUUGACGACCGAUGACCAAUCGACAACGGGAGCAGCAGCAGCAGCAGCAGCAGCGACAGCCACCACUGCUGCGGCAGGAGCAGCAGCCACAGGAGGAGCCACCACAUCGACAUCAGCAGCCACACAGCAGCAGAUCCAACAGCUACAGCAGCCACCAAAUGCAGAAUCCGAGACUGAAAGCUUUAUACCCGCCUCGUCGAACGCCAACAGCAAUCGGAAGAGGGCCUUUAGCAAUCCCCAUAUAGGAGGACCCCACGAUGCCGCCGCCUCUGGCCAUCGACUGAAUCCGCAUCUGUAUUACUAUAACAAAUCGCAUUCGGGUCGGAGUUCGUUCUGUGUGGACGAGUCGCUGUGGCCCACGAAUGCGGCGCUGGUUACGAGCGACACGAAUCUGUAUACGAUGCCGAAUAAUGCCAGUGCGAGUGCCGCCGAUGAGGACUAUGAGGAGGCCAUCGAUCAGUUCUCGCCCACGAUAUACAGUCAGAGGGCGAGCCGAUCCAUACCGAUACCGAAUAGUGCCGGCAACAGUCCGCAGCACCAUCAGCCGAGGAUCGGCUCGUCGGGCGUCAACUAUAUGGCGGCGUUCAGUGCCAGUCCCUUGAUCUAUGCCCAUCCCUACUCGCCGUUCUAUGCCAGCUCGCCGGACACAACUCUAUCCUCACCCGUCCAUACACCCGGACACCCAGGCCUUCAUCCUGCUGCCGCCACUGUUGCCGCCGCCUCUGCACAUCCAUCGCGCAGAUCCCUCAGCUAUGAUCCUGCCUUUCAGCGCUUGCAAGUUCCUCAUGCAGAGCGACGAUCCCGUUCGCCGCUGGAAUGUGCCACGGUUUUCGCCGCUGUGGCUGCAGCUGCCACGGCAUCCGCAUCCGUUUCCGGCUCCAUCUUGGGGGAUACCACAAAAUCCACUGGAGUCAACAGGUAUGUCAAACUUAUUUUACAAUCUCCUUGCGGAACUGAGGGUGCAUCUGGAACAAGUGCAGUUGCGAUUGACAACAAAAUCGAACAGGCAAUGGUAAGCAAAACAACAACAACAAUAACAGCAAUAUACGUAUCAUAAGAAUGAAUGAGACAAUAACAAAAUGUUGUUGCUCUCUCGGGUUCUGUCGGACGGCGUAAGUCAAUCGGUCGGUUAACCAUCUGUCAUAGACAUGACUAUACUCGAGUACGCCUCGAUAUAGUAGUUGAAAAUUUUCCACAAAUCCCACAACUGUUCAAUGAAUUUCAAUCAAAACAUGAUCGAAGAUCGAAGAAAAAUUCCACAAAUAAAUUUAAUUGGAAUGGAAAUUAUUGUUUGACAAGUUUGAAAAGUUCCAGUGUUAAAUGCGGGGGAGCUUCUCUUCUCUCCUGUUUGUUUAUUUUCGCCAAAAAUAGCAAAAUGGAAACACAAUUGGGAGUCUGUCUGCCUCUAGCCAUCUUGCUCUAUUUUUAUGUCAUCCUACCCAUUCUGUUCCCGCUUCGUUGGCAAAACAAAAUAAUUAAGCUAUUUCGCAUUAGGGUCCAACCCCAAAAGAAAACAAAAUCAGCCGCAAAUAUCAUGAUAAAAUACAGAUAAAUACGAAAAGACCAUCAGCUCUGGUGACGGUGCGAUACCCUUACAUUUUUAGGUAGAGGCAUAUAGGUUUAUGUGUUCCCCUUCCCUCUAACACGUCAUGCGGUAGCGCCCCUCGGUCGGUUGAACUCCAAACGUCACGACUGAUAUGAUUAAUAUUCAUUUCUUUUCAAUGGAUUUUUUGAAAUAUAUUAUAGAUGUAUGUACCUUUUUUCUUAGUAUUUUUUGAAGUUAUAAUUCUGAUAUUUUUCGAUGUAUCUUAUUAGUAUUUUUCGCUGUAUUUUGUUAGUAUUUUUUAAUAUUUUAUUGUACAAAUCCAAAAAUUCUCUUUUUAAAGUAUUUUUUGCUGUAGUUUUAGUAUUAGUAUUAGUUGUUAGUAUUUUUAGUAUUAGUUUUUAGUAUUUUUAGUAUUUUUUAGUAUUUUUUAGUGUAAGAUACGACUUGGUGUCGCUUGAUUACACCAACCAUCAUUGCCAUUGCUUCCUAAUGAUUCCGAUAUACCCCGAUCUAGGGAUCCGCGAUAUCUCAAAGCUCUACACAAAAUCAUGGUACUACCUUCUCGUAGGGUAUACCCAAAUAGUGCGAAUAUGAAUGUGAAGGGAAGAGGGCAGAAACGAGCCAACUCUUUCGCCGACUGCCGGACGGGGGUCUCAUUGGGUCUCGCAGAACACUAAAUAGUAAACACACCGCACACAAAUCGAACGAUAUCACUCACACUCGGAAACUAAUAGAGUGCAGAGGGGAGGGGUCUAUAAAAUAGUGUUAUUGUGAGUGCUGCCUCGAUUGGCCUUGAAUAAUUCAUGAUUAUUUGUGGGCAUUGUUUUUUUUUCGCUUUCCAGUUUUAAUUUUUCAUUAAUUGUUGUUGCAGGGUUCUUCUUUUUUCCUCGAUCAUUCCUCUUUGCUCUGCUCAUUUGUUUACCAAGUUUCGGCUCCCUUUUUUUUUUGGAGAACUUUGAUAUGUGAGCAAAUUUUUUUUUGUAUAGGUUCUGGGAAAAGUUCAAAUGCCUCGUAAUUGGGAAAGGAAUGUAUGUAUGUGUAAUGGAUAUAACCCAAGGAAAAUACAUAUAUAUGUAUAUAUAUUCUUUUUUUUGACAACUUUGUUUCCAAUUAGCUUGAAAUUCUUUCAGUAAUUUCUUUUUGGCGUGUUCUCGGUGUCCUUAACCCAAAACUUGUCGCCAAUUGUCGGAAAGUAAUUCGAAGAAGAAUAUUUUUAUGUUUUUUCAAUUAAAUUAUCGACCAACAGAAAUGGUUCCAAGGAUACCAAAAGAGGAGCAACCAAUCCAACAAAUUAACAAUUUGUUAUUAAGCUAAAAAAAAGAGAAAAAUAAAAUAAAAGAAAAUAAAACACGAAAAAUUCAGGUCAAGAUGAAAGUCUAUUCAGCUGAAAUUGAAAUAUUCUAAAAAUAAACCACAAGCAACCAAGAGAUAUAUCUUUGUGUAUCAAAGAUACAUAUGUACAUAUAUCGAUUCGUGUGCGAAAAGGAUUUCUGUGAGGGGGAGGCCUUGGGCAUCCAGAGAUUUGUCACUGGGCAAAAGUUAAUUGGUGCCACACGUGCCACUCGGCGCUCGUGUAGAUAUUUUUACAACUAAUUUGCGCAUUCGAAUGCAAUUAGCAGGCGGGCCGUGCCUCUACCUGGACUCGUACCUGAAGGAAGCCCGAAGUGCAGGGCCAUAAAAGGAUUUAAGUGCAGGCCACAUGCAGUGCCCAGCCUCUGGUCUGGCGAUUUAAUUGCAAUUUCACCAUCUUAUUCGUGUCUCGACACUGGCGUUUUAUGGCCUGCUAGAUAGAUUUUAUUUCGGUGUGGUCGGAGACUGGGACUCAGACAGGAGUCGUGGUUAGCAUGGGGUUUACGAUGUGCGACAGACGGCAGACGGCAGACUGACGACAUGAGCGCUCGAAUGUGUAUUUGAAAGGCUCUAAAAGUCAUCAAAAGUCAAUCGGUCUUAGGGAUACGGAUGAGGCAAAGACAGUCUGAUCAAUCAGAGCAUCUUUCAAAAGCCAACUUUCAGAGACUACUUAGAGGGGACUCCUCCUCCAAGACUCGAAAGUUAUCACUGGGAAAAGACAGCAGAUCGUUUAGUUGGGAACAAAAAAUAUUAAAAAAUAAACCCAAAAUCAAAACCUGCUCUACUUUAGCCGUAACCAAGAAAUGGAUAUGUUCUCUGAAGGAAACUUCACUCAAUGUCCAAGCAGAUCCACUUUCCCGAUGUGUAUUUAUCUUUUUUUUUUUUGCAUUAUAUACCGCUAGAAUAUACGAUAUUUGCCUCUCUUUGUUUGUUCUCUGUUUGCUGUCUGGCUGCCGAUCAGCGAUCACCUGUCUGUCUAUCGAUCAUUCUCUUAAAUAUAUUUAGUCCAAGCAAAUGUUUGCCAUAAUCGAAGAAGGCAAACAGAUUGACUGUCUGACAGCUGGUUGCCGUUUGACCGUUGUACAUACAAACCCAGUCCCAACCCAAGGUGUUUCCCUUGGCCAGAAUAAAAAGAAAACAAAAAAAAGGUUCCCUUAUCAUCUUUCAAACGGAACCACAGAGCGACGAACAGCUCUUAUCAAAAUAUAACCUAAUCUAAGCAGAACAUAACUUGUUCUAAGCAGAAUUGAGGAACUUCUUGGUGUACAAUUUAUAUAUUUUUGAUUUUUAUUCAAUUUUUGUUUUGCUGACGCAGAGAUGCCUGUCCUACCCUGCCCUGCCCGGCCCUGCCCUACCCUUUCCUACUGCUAAAUGGUACCCGACAAUCGACAAUUGAAAUUCAUUGAAGGCAAAUCGAAAAAAAUCAAAAACAAAAUUUCUCAAAUGGCUGUCGCGACUCUCCCCAGCUCAAACUGAAACCCUGGGAGGGGUGUGGUGUGGGGGGGAUACUUGCUACUAUCAGCACAUUUUCAUCUGUGUAGUGUUGUGGUCUGUUAUCAGUUUGCCUUUUUGUCUAGCUGGGCGGCUGCUUAUCAGCCUCAGAGCUCAUCCCACUCAUCUUUAGCGUGAUUCGCGUGUCCAAAGGCAAAUAGAACGAAACAGAACAGAUCAUAGCAGAGAUAGUCUUGAGUCUAGGGCAAACAUUGGCACAACUUUUAGAAAAAGGGGACUACUAUUAACAGAAUGAGCAACACCUCAGGGGAGGCUUUUCAGGCCUCUUGAUCGAGACUCGAGACGCACAAGCGAAGAAUUUUAUAAGUAGUUCUUUUGUAGAAGCUUUAGGUGUAUGAUAUUGUUUUAUAUCCCUGAUCUAUAUUGAAUCCUUAGCUGGCCGAAAGAUCGUCAGAUCAGGUAGUAGAUCCAUCUAUAAAGUGCUUUAUGCCUGGCGCGUGUUGACUUUCAUCUGACACGUGGAACCCCUGACUAAACAGACUCUCUCACAGAGACUCUGUCUUAUCAAUUUGUAUUGACGUAAUUUUUCUAAUUGUAUCUAACAGAUACUCAUACAGAGACACACAGAGAGUUUUCUGCCUCGAUAUUGUAUAAGGAAAUCACUAAUCAAAACAUUUUCUCUGUCGAUUGUCCAACGAAAUGCAAUACAAUUCCUUUAACGAGCUCAAUAAGUUGUGUUUAUUGGGCAAAAUGAUCUCGAAUCUGGAACCAUAUCGUAUAUUGAGAAUGCCAGUGGUUCCAGGACAGAACAGGGAAAUCUGGUAAAGGCCCAAAAGGAAGUUCAAUGGAAAUCUGUUGAAAUGGAUAUUUAGGAAAUAGAUAAAACGAUUCUCGAGUGUUUGUAAAUGAAGAGAAAAACAUCGAUUUGGUGGGAUCUAAAGUAGAACUUGUGGAACUUAAUGGUUCACUACCGAUUUGGUAAUAAUUAAUGAGUCUCGAAGCUAUCCAUCUAUCAGAAGUGUAUCAGUCCUACUUUCAACAUUUGAUGUAAAUUUUCCAUUACGAUCUUGAGCAUCAGAUCUUCUAUAGAUAUCAGGCUCUACAAACAGCUGUUACCUAAAAAACACUCCAUGAAGAGAGCACUCAUAACAAUAUUUUUCCACUGGCUGCUGCCCAGCUCCCUCUCCCUCUCUCUGUCUGACUCAAUAGAAAAACACUUGUAAAUUUCCGCUGGGGAGACUGUCGUCUGGGGAGACCUUUCCCUGGGUCUGUGCAUAGACACACCUUUUGGCUAACAUUUAUUCCGUAGACUGUCUGACGGCGGUGAUGACUUCUCCCCGCCCUGCCGCCCUCCCUCGCCCCAUCCAUCCAGCCCCAUUUAUGGACAUGUUUUGAGGACUUUCUAAAGUCGGACAACCUGUCAAGAUGCCUCGCUUUGAAUGCGCUGAUAACCCUAUCUUAUCAGCAGAAAGCCAGAGAGCGUAACGAAACCGAAUUGAAUCUAAGCCCCUUUAAGCCCAAAGUCCAAAUAAAUUAGAAAAAAAAACAACUUGAGGAAAAUUUUUUAAAACAAAAAACUGCACACGAAGCGGCAUUCCCCCUUUCCCCACUGCUGCAACCCCUUCUUCGAGCCUGUAAUUUGGCGACACGCGCCGCUAAAUGAUUCAGAAGUAAUUGCGUGUGUGUGUGUGUGUGUGUGUGUGUUGCAUGCGAGAAAACACUUUUUUAUCAUCAUCCCACACGACCACAAAAGCAACACCGAAACAGCCACCACACCCAACACAACCCACCUCAACACACCACUACCACCACCACCGCAAUCCACCACACAUACAUACACACACUAUACUGCGUGUGUGUGGCGGUGGGGGGGUGGGGCACGUGUUGGGGGCGUGAAAACAGUCAACAGUCAACGGAGGAAAACAUCAACAAAACGUAGAAUGGUGUAAUUUUCCACAGACGCCUUGGCAGCGCACAGGGUUUCCUUCCUUUAUUUUCGAUUUUGAUUUUUCAAAUAUUUUAUAACUUUUCUUUCCGCCUGUAUUCAAUAUUUAUUCCGUCUGUGAAGAGGGGGUGAAUGUGUUCGUCUCUUUGUUCUUGGGCUGCGGUCAAGGCAUUACAAAACAUCUAAACCCCCCCUGCCACGUACCUCCCCUCCCUCUGGCUCGCACAUCACUCAUUGGGGGGCACCCGUUUUUGUUAGGGCUACAGGGUGGGUGUUGGGGGGAGCUCAAUUUUUAUUGAUUGCCAGACGCGGCGACGAUUUGGAAAUGUUUCAUUUGUUGAUUCCAAAUGCACACAACAAAAAUCAAUACGAACACAGAACACAUAUUCCCUGACAAAGAAUAUUCAUUGUUUUUGUGCGGCAUUUGAAUGAAUAUUGUUUAUGCAUGCAGUCCACACCAAAUGCAUGCAAAAUCUAUACGAAAGCUGGAAACUGUUGGAAAUAUUCUGACACGAGCCAGACAUGUGGGUUCUUUAGAGAUGCGUUUUUUUUUUCCUUAGGGGAGUAGGAGAAGCUGUUCGGAUUUGUAUAGGACGAGGCACAUAUUACGAGUGGUGUUGUAUGUUAUAUGGAAUAAUUACAACUUAUUCUUUAUCCAGCAAAAAGCUCUAUGGUUCUCCCUACCAUCUUCUAUAAAAAUCGUAAUUGAUAUAAAUACAUGCGUGAAUGGUAUCACUGAUAAUAAUGCGGUUGUAAUAUUAAAGAUAUACCCGUUCAGUAUAAAAAACUCUAGGGAAUUCCUUAAGUAUCCCCUGGUGGGGAUGGAGGGGCUUUAGUCAUAAUAAUUAAGAGGCUUUCAAGUGCCACUUUUCAGUGUUUUCUCAACUGUUUUCACAGUCGUCGGCGCUUUUCACUCGACACCCACUCCGCCACGCCACUUCACACUCCGCACUCAUCAGCCAGAACCCUGCCCCAAUGCGUCCCAUCUACGCAGUUUGCGUGCCCUCUCUCGUCCCUCCCCGUCCCCCUGGCAACUAUUGACAUGUUGAAUAUUUAUUUGCAUAAAAUGUGCAUGUAAGUGAUGCUUUUUCAUGCCAUUAAAUUAUUGUUUUCCUCCCAUUUAUUUGUAUUAUGAUUAUAUUUCGUUUUUGAUUUUCAAUGCGGAUGUUUUUUCUGUUUCGGUUUCAUUUUUGAACAAUUUUUUGUUGAUGAAACGUCAGCCGGGUGCCGGCUUUUGUUCCUACAUAUAUAGAUCGAGUAUCUGUAUCUGUAUCUGUACGGUAUAGAUUGACUCAAAAUGUCUUCCCUCAACAUGCGCGUGAAAUCGAUAUGUUCCGUGUGGGGUUUUUGUUUUAAAUUUUUCGAUUUGUUUUGCAAAAUAUUCUGCUGCUGCUGCUACUCGAAUUUCCUUCUCUUCUCUUCGCUGAAGCCCUUGAAUUUAUUUAUUUUGUCAAUGCCAAAAGCGGAAAGAAUUGAAAGGGUUGGAUAUUGGAUACGAAACCAUUUUGGAGUUGCCCCCUUUUUUCCCCCCCUUGUUUUGCUGUUUACUCGAUUCUGGACGGAAAUGCAAUGCGCAAACGGUGAGAAAAACUCACCCUUCCCCACACAGCAAUCGAAAACCACUGCGUGGCAAGCGAAAAAGUAUCUAUAAGAACGCCAGCGAGCCCCUACCCCAAAAAAUAAAAGAGCGAGCGAGAGAGUGUGCGAGAUGAGUGAUAAACAAUAGUGUCGUAAAGUUUUUGCGUCGCAGCUUAAAAAUAAUAAAAGUCUGAGAAAAGAAGAAACAACAAAAAACAUCACGUACAUAUGGAUUUUUAUUUAUUUUUUUUUUUUUUUAAAUAAAACAAAAACCGGCUGCUGUUUGGGGCUUGUCCAAAAAAUUCAGUCAAACAUUUUGGCAAAUACAAAGAUGAUCAAAUAUAUGUAUAUAUAGAUAUAGUGGUAGUAGGGGAUGGUAGGUGGCUGGAAGACCGUGUAAAUUUAUGGGAAAACACGGCCACAAGAGUCGCGACUCGAGUCCGAGUCGCGCGUCAAAACAAACAGAGAGUCGGGUCGAGUGCGAGCCGAAGGCAAAUGCUUAUAUGUAGGUACGACGUCGGCAGGCAGAUACAUACACGCACAGACACAGCUGUGCCGCCUGUGAAUGACAGAUACACAGCAGUCAAGCCAAAGAGAUCGAGAGAGACGGCGAGAGAGCGAGAGAGUUGUGUGAGAGAGAGGCUCUCCCAUUGCGCAUGCGGGCUCUCAUGCUGCGGCGCUGCCAUUUUAUAUAAAAUCUCCGCUAGAGGAGAGUAGACUCGGAGUCGCCAAAAAACCUCGCUACACGCAACAUCGCUACAAAAAUCCAAGAGAAAGAAUUAAAUAUAUUGCUUGAACAAUUUAUGUAUACAUGUGUGUAACAGCAAUAAUUAUUUUUACUGUAAAUAAAAGCCAACCAAGAGACUUGUGAAUUAUAUUAAUUCCAAAAACCCCGCAACAAAAAGCCAAUUGAAACAAAAGCUCUGCUCUCGCACGAAAAAAAAAGCUCUGCGCCGGUCUCGUAAAUCAGUCUGAAAAGCUAAGCAGCAGAUUCAGUUAUUGCUAAACUUUUGCCACACAAACAAGCCCAAAAAAGGAGAGCUGAAAAGAAACAAGAAGCAAGAAGAAUAUUUAAAAGUGAAGUGCUGAAAAAUAUCACAAAAUACAACACAAAACUGUGAUCCAAAGAAAACAGAGAAAAAAACCUGAAGUUUUGUGCCAGUGCAAGUGCAGGGAGAAAAAU